AUGGUUCGGGCUCGGGUGGCCGGGGGCUGUGUGCCCUGCGCGAUCCCCGUUGUUCGCCCCACGCCGUCGUCGAAGGCGGCGAGUCCGCAUGGUCCCUCCAAGCGGGAGGCUGGUCCCCUCUGCUCUCCGGCAGCCCCGCAUGAUCUGAAGGAUGGGCGUUUAAGCCAGGUUUGCAAUAAGCCAGGGUCAGAGCCAGGCCUCUCCCUGGCCGGGGAGGGCUCCCCGGGGGCCUCCGAGCUCAGCUGGGAGCGUGGCCUGCGGGGAGAGGGGGUCCAGGCGUGGGGAGUCGCCCUCCUCAGGAAGGUGCCACUGCCUCGUCCGCGGGUCCUUGUGCCCGCGACUCCCAGACACCAGCCCACUUGUCACUCGAGGAUCACGCAGCGAGCCCCAGGCCCCAGAGGCUGCGAGUGCGGGCUGGACGCUAACGUCCUCCAGAUGAAAGCACAUGCGCCGCACGCGGGGCCCUCCGAGUUGGCCUGGUACGCGAACCCCGCUCCUUUCUUAGCUCUGCAUCUGUCGCGUUCCAUCGGACUACGAUCGCACUUUGGGGUGUCGGGUGGAGCCUCUAGAGCCCAGAAGGCUGCUGACGUCAGUGGUCCCUUUCUACCGCGAGUGGCCCAGGAUCGAAACUUUCCAGUGCGGCUUUUUCGGGGCUCGGUGGACCUGAGCAUGGGCCUGUCCAGCUUCAUCUCGCGGCGCCACCUGCAGCUCAGCUUCCAGGAGCCGCACUUCUACCUGCGCUGCCUCGGCAAGAACGGCGUCUUCGUGGACGGGGCCUUCCAGCGGCGCGGCGCGCCAGCCCUGCAGUUGCCCAAGCAGUGCACCUUCCGCUUCCCCAGCACGGCGAUAAAGAUCCAGUUCACGUCGCUGUACCACCAGGAGGAGGCCCCCGCGUCCCCCCUGCGGCCGCUCUACCCACAGAUCUCCCCGCUGAAGAUCCACAUCCCGGAGCCGGACCUCCGGAGCCUGGUCAGCCCCAUCCCUUCCCCGACCGGCACCAUCAGUGUCCCCAACUCCUGCCCAGCCAGCCCCCGAGGGGCCGGUUCCUCCAGCUACCGCUCCGUCCAGAACGUGACCUCCGACCUGCAGUUGGCCGCAGAGUACGCCGCGAGGGCCGCUGAGCAGCAGGCCGACACGUCCGGAGGGGACAGCCCCAAGGACGAGUCGAAGCCGCCGUACUCGUACGCUCAGCUCAUCGUGCAGGCCAUCUCGUCCGCGCAGGACCGGCAGCUAACCCUGAGCGGCAUCUACGCACACAUCACCAAGCAUUACCCUUACUACCGCACGGCCGACAAGGGCUGGCAGAACUCCAUCCGCCACAACCUCUCCCUGAACCGCUACUUCAUCAAGGUCCCCCGCUCCCAGGAGGAGCCAGGGAAGGGGUCCUUUUGGCGGAUAGACCCUGCCUCGGAGACCAAGCUGGUGGAGCAGGCGUUCCGGAAACGGAGGCAGCGGGGCGUCUCCUGCUUCCGCACCCCCUUCGGGCCGCUGUCGUCCAGGAGCGCCCCAGCUUCACCCACCCACCCCGGGCUGAUGUCCCCACGUUCCAGUGGCCUGCAGACUCCAGAGUGCCUGUCCCGGGAGGGCUCGCCCAUUCCGCACGACCCUGACUUUGGGGCCAAGUUAGCUUCUGUUCCCGAGUACCGCUAUUCCCAGAGCGCACCCGGCUCUCCAGUCAGCGCCCAGCCGGUGAUCAUGGCCGUGCCGCCCCGGCCGCCCAGCUUGGUGGCCAAGCCCGUCGCCUACAUGCCGGCGUCCAUCGUGACGGCCCAGCAGCCCUCAGGCCACGCCAUCCAUGUGGUGCAGCAGGCGCCCCCGGUCACCAUGCUCAGGGUGGUCACCACCUCCGCCAACUCCGCCAACGGAUACAUUCUCGCCAGCCAGGCCGCAGCGGGGGGCGCCCACGAGGCGGCGGGCACGGCUGUGCUGGACCUGGGCGGUGAGGCGAGAGGCCUGGAAGAGAAGCCAACUAUUGCACUCGCCACCAUCCCCGCCGCCAGCCGGGUGAUCCAGACGGUGGCCAGCCAGAUGGCCCCAGGGGUCCCGGGACACACGGUCGCCAUCCUGCAGCCAGCCACGCCAGUGACCCUGGGGCAGCACCACCUCCCGAUCCGCGCCGUCACUCAGAACGGCAAGCACGCCGUCCCCACCAGCAGCCUCGCCAGCAAUGCUUACGCCCUCACCAGCCCUCUGCAGCUCCUUGCGGCCCAGGCCAGCUCGUCCACGCCAGUGGUGGUCACACGCGUGUGUGAGGUGGGGCCCGAGGAGCCGGCGGCCACCAGCACGGCGCCCCCCACCGCCGCCGCCGCCUCGCCCACCGGGGAGCCCGAGGUCAAGAGGUCCCGAGUGGAGGAGCCCAUGGGGACUGUGACUGCACAGGCUGGCGUGAUGGCAGCCGCCGGCGCGCAGGGCCCCGGGACCGGGGAGUGACAUCGCGGCGUGGAGGUGGAGUGGGACACAC